GUUUUUUUUUAAUCACGAGUGAAGCAGACGACAAAGGCAAGACAAACGCAGAGAGAUGGGAAAAUGAAGACAAACCUGUUGUGUUGUGGAGACGAGUCAUUCAUUGAUUUUAGCAAGGUGGAGAUUCCUUCUCUGACAGCAAAUCUGAGUGACCACAAUUUAUGGAUUGCUGUAAUCAGCAUAAUCUUUAAUCCUAUCUUUUGGAAUAUUGUAGCCAGAUCUGAGUACAAAACUCACCGUCUGACAUCUUUCUUUGGCUCUCCAUACAGAGGCUGUGUAGUUUUAGCCAGCACAAUAAUAGUGCUAGGGAUCUUCAGGGAUUGGAGGUUCCACCUUGCCUUACAGAGCCAGCCCCGCUGGUUUCUCCUGCAGCAGACCGGUUUUCUAUGGCUGGGCUAUUUCCUCAUUCUAACAGGAACCAUCUUGGUAUUUACAAGCUUCUGGGCCAUGGGCUUUUACGCUACUUUUCUGGGGGAUUACUUUGGCCUUCUGCUGGAUGACAGGAUCACAAGCUUUCCUUUUAACAUCAUAGACAAUCCCAUGUACUGGGGAUCAACACUGAACUUCUUAGGAACUGCCUUGAUACAGUGCAGUCAAACUGGAUUGUUGCUGACCACUCUUGUUGCCAUCAUGUACAAAAUUGCCAUCCUUUACGAAGGACCUUUCACAGAGCGAAUAUACAGUAGACGUUACGAGAAGAAACUGUGGUGAGGCAUCACUGUUGAGAUGAAUCGUCAUCAUUCUUACCAUUUCAUGUUUAGGAUCCCUUGAAUUUUCGCAAUUUGGGUUUAGUGGUCAAUUUUACAACUAUUCUAAAUCUUCGACGAAUUUAAGCCAUUUAAGAUUAUAUUUUAUAGAUGCAAUUUCAAAACAUUCAAGGGCUCAUAAGAUUUUGAAGACGAAAAUGUUGGAUCACAUACAGACUUCACAGAAGUGAUAAAACAAUCUGUCCUGUUCAGGUAACAUUCCCCUCUUACGCUAAGCACUGGUUGAAUUUGUCGAAAAUAUAGGGUACUGUAAUUUUUCAACCUAUUCACAUGUUUGCAAGGUGUUAAUUCAAACAUAUUCUGAGGACAUUAUUCUGUGUAGAUUGAUAAAAUUACACUUUUUGUGAUGCCCUGAAAUUGGCAAAUCCAAGCAAUGUAGUUUUGUCUCCGAAAUCAAAGUGAAAAACGUCAGCAAUAUUUUUAUGGGUUUUUUUUUUUUUGUUUUCAUAUUUUUUUCCCCAUGAAGUCCAAAUUGUGAAGUUGGAUAAAUUGUGUUGUUUCUGAAAGGGGAAUUUAAAUUUGUAAUUGUUCUAGACAACAUUGUGAUACAUUAAUCAAAUAUUGUAACCUGCGGAUGGUCAUGGGUUUCCCCUGGGCUCUGCCCGGUUUCCACCCAUCAUAAUGCUUGCUGCUGUCUUACAAGUGAAAUAUUCUUGAGUACGGUGUAAAAUACCAAUCAAAUAAAUGAAUCAAAUAUUUUUACAAGACUGUGUAAAGGCUUUUUAUAAUUUUUGUUUGGUAGGUAUGUUUGGGUUAUAUUGCUAAAACCUGACAGAAUUAAUGUUAGAAAGUUAUUACAAAAACUUGGUUUCAGAAAGUUUCUUGAAAGUACUCCACCAGUUUUAUGAUUCACCGGACAUUGCCUUGAGAACUCCAGCCUAUGUGACAAAUUCAUUGACACUGAUAGCCAAAUUGAGGUUGUGAAAGGAUAGUGAAAAUCGAGUUGUAACUUAUCAGAAGCACUGUCUGUGUCGUGUGAAAGGGAGGAGGCACCAGUUUUACUUCGUGUUUUACUAGUGAGUCGAUACUAAAAUGAAUUUAAAAGUAGAAUAAAAGUAAAACUGAAAACACCUUUUCAUUUUGUCCAAUCUGGUGUUAUCGUGAUUUUUCUUUUUUUUUCUUUAAGGCUAUCUAAUCAUGUAAACAUGUCAUCAAGAGGAAAAAUUGCCAAGAUGGUCUACAUUUUCCACAAAUUCAAUGAUUUUUAAAUUUUAUUUUUGCACUCUCCUCCAUCAUUGAAAAUGAUUUAAAUUUUGUUUUCAUUUUUAUCUACCAAAUUUAUGACUUCCAGGAGCAAUAUUGACCCCUGACCUUAGCAUGAGACAACACUGCUUCACCAAGCCUGUACAACUACUACAACAGACACGUGCCAUACAUGUAUGUGCAUUUUAUAUCAUCUAUGAUUUUAACACCAACAUCAAAUUUAUGACUAUUCUGCUUAAACAGAGUAAAUUGUUUUGAUUCUGCGAUUAUCAUUUUUUUUUUGCAAUAUCAGUAUUUAAAUGUACUUGUUGAUAUUUGUUUGUGUAUAGUAAUGUAUUUUAUUAUUAAACAAAAACUGGCAUGUUCAGAUUUCUUAAAUUAAGACUUCUGCAGCACAAUUACUAAAAGACACUGAGGGCCAUCCUGUUUGUAUAUUGUUGUUAUUUUGAGGGAAAUA